AUGUUACUAGUGAAAUAUUCCGUAUCCCGAAAAUUGUGCAGUGUCUUGCUGUUUCUCAUACUGCUUCUGCCGUCCUAUGACGCUGGUUAUCCGAUCGGAAGUCACUUUAUCCGCCGGCGGGCUAAACGCCUAUCAAGUCCCUAUUUCGACGAGCAGAAAACCCUGAUACUGGCAAAAUAUGUGGUCUCAAUUCGAUCUCGAACGCCUCGAAAAUUCUUUGGGGACAAUCACUUUUGCGGUGGUGUCAUCAUUUCGAGAACCUACAUCAUGACCUCCGCCCACUGCGCCAUGGACAAACGAAAGAUCAUACAUCGCAGUCGGGUCUUGCUCAUUGUGGCUGGAACCGUAAAUCGUUUGAAAUACCGGUCGGGUCUUACGGUGCACAUUCCAGUGAAGAAGAUCUUCGUACCCGAGGAAUUCACAGUCCACAACACGAACAACCUUGCGCUGAUGAUGCUGGCCAAGAAACUGCCCUUGGACAAUCCGCGUGUGGGUGUGAUCAAUCUGCCCACGGCUGACCCGGAACCGGGUGUCAAUUACACGGUUCUGGGCUGGGGACGGGUCUUUAAAGGCGGUCCCAUGGCCUCCAACAUCCUGCACAUUGACGUGGAGCUGUUGCCCCGGGAGAUCUGUGAGAAGAAGCUUCACACCUUCAAGCAGGAGAUGAUGUGUGCCGGAAACCUCAACAACAGCCUGGACGAGAACCCGUGUGCCGGUGACACCGGAAGUCCCCUGAUCCUGAACAACACUGUCUUUGGGGUGGUGACCUAUCGGAUAGGGUGUGGAUCCAGAAGCCUACCCUCGGUGUACACCAACGUCUUCGUCCAUUUGAACUGGAUCAAGGAGAUUAUGGCCAAGAAUCAAGGAAAUCGCAUGGAAUACACACUCCAUUUUCUAAUAACCACCAUUGGCAUACUCGUGGUAAAUAAAAUUCUGAAAAGUUGUGGACUUUAUUAG